AUGCCAGCAGCAAAGGCUAAAAAUAGGCCAAGUUCAGCAAUAGCAAGUCCCAAUGUUGCAAAGUCUCCUAAACCGCUGAACCUCCUGAGAGUGAGCAAUGCUCGUCCUUCAUCAUCUUUAGCAAUCCGCCCCCAGACAGCAUUAUCACAGAGGACUCCUACUAAUAGUCCUCGCUCGACAAGGGGCUUAUCACCCCCACUGUCUACUGAUGGCAGCAAUGUCAAAGUUGUAGUAAGAGUCAGACCAUUGCUACCCAGAGAAAAAGGAUCCCCGCUAUUAGUUCAAAUGGACCCAUCAACUCAGUGCACUACUAUAAACCCACCCAGCUCGAAACCAACUGGGUCGUCAGAUAAUCAGGCAAAACGAAACUUGGAACCUAAGAAAUUCUACUUUGACCGCGCUUUUUAUUCGGUAGACCCUAAUAGCCCUCAUUAUGUUGAUCAACAAGAAAUUUAUAACACGGUCGGCAAAGAAUUUUUAGAUCACAACUUGGAAGGCUAUCACACUUGUAUCUUUGCAUAUGGACAAACUGGAUCCGGCAAAUCUUAUACCAUGAUGGGAGACGAUGAGAAUGCUGGAAUCAUUCCAAGAACUUGUCGAGAUCUGUUCAAUCGCAUUGAUAGCCUUGCUUCAGAAAAUAUGAGCUGUACGGUCCGACUGUCUUAUUUUGAGAUUUAUAAUGAAUGCGUGAGAGAUUUGCUGGCCACACAAAAGAAAGGAGGCUCGGGGGGAGCAAAUGUAAAUAACAAGUCAGCAAAACUGAAAGUACGGGAGUCUCCAACGGAUGGUCCUUAUAUAGAGGAUUUGUCUGAAUAUGUGGUCAAAUCAUCUGACCAAGUCUUAGAAUAUAUGGCACUGGGAAAUAAAUGUCGGUCAACAGCGGCAACAAAGAUGAACGAUCAAUCAAGUCGGUCACAUGCUGUAUUUACUUUGACAGUUAAGCAAGUUCAUUUCCAUUCUGACACCGAUACCACGGAGGAGAAGGUAUCACAAAUUCGAUUAGUCGAUCUUGCUGGUUCUGAGCGAGCGAAUUCAACCGGUGCAAUGGGCGAAAGACUUAGAGAGGGGUCUAAUAUUAACAAAUCAUUGACCACGCUGGGUCGUGUUAUUGCGGCUUUGUCAGUACCAUCCAGUCUCACAAAUGCUCGUCCUAUAGUUCCUUACAGAGACUCAGUUCUCACUUGGAUCCUUAAGGAGAGUCUGGGAGGUAAUAGUAAAACGGCCAUGGUUGCCUGUGUGUCACCUACGGAUUACGAAGAGACACUUUCAACACUUCGAUAUGCUGACCAGGCAAAAAGAAUCCAGACUAAAGCGAUUAUCAAUCAAGAUAUUGUGUCAGGAGCAGAUCGUGAUAAGCUUGUUGAAGAAAUGCAGCAACAAAUCAAUAGUCUCCAGUUGCGCCAAGAAGAGGAUGAGGCCUUUAAGCAAGAGCUUGUGAAAGUUAAAAAAGCAAUCCGAUUUUAUGAGGAUCGGGCAAUUGACGAGGAAAAUAAGCGAAGAGCAGUACAGCUAAAAUAUGCCAGCGUUGUUCGUCAUAACCGGUUAUUAGUAGAUUAUCUAAAAGAGGUUGUGAAUCGCAACGGUCAUGCAACUGUUUCUGAGGCUAAUUAUGACACUCUUACCAACGAACUCAGUAGUUUGAUGGGUGAUUUACAAACUCUAAAAGCUGAUAUUGCUUCAAGCAAGGAGAACUGGUCUAGCGUUUUUUGCCAACCGAAAUAUGAAUAA